AUGGGGGUAGGGGUGUCUUUAUUGCUGCAGUUUUCGCUGACGUCUGGGGGCUACCAGAGCAGGGGCCGAAGCGGGUGCUACCGCCGCCGAAGUAUCCCCAGGAGCGUCCCCCGGCGGAGCUGGAUCAAGCUGCAUUCCCAGGCCCGCCGUCUCCAGGUGGAGGAAGAACUGAUGCUGGAACGGCGCUGCAGGGGUCCUUCGGCCAUGGGCCCAGCUCCCCCCCGCCUCCUUUCUGGGCCCUCCCAGGAGUCAGCACAGACCCUGGAGGAGGAACCCUGUGGGUGGAAGUCACUGUUGGGUGGCCGGUCCCCAGGUGGAACCCACCGUUGUGCCCACUGUAAACGGCACUUCCCAGGGUGGGUGGCCCUGUGGCUUCAUGCCAGGCGGUGCCAGGCCCGGCUACCCCUGCCUUGCCCUGAGUGUGGGCGUCGCUUCCGCCACGCCCCCUUCUUGGCGCUACACCGCCAGGUCCAUGCUGCAACCACCCCAGACCUGGGCUUUGCCUGCCACACCUGUGGGCAGGCCUUCAGAGGCUGGGUGGCCCUGGUUCUGCACCUGCGAGCUCACGAAGCUGCAAAGCGGCCCGUCGCCUGUCCCGAAUGUGAGAGACGCUUCUGGAGACGAAAGCAACUCCGAGCUCACCUGCGCAGGUGCCACCCACACCCGCCGGAGGCCCGGCCCUUCAUAUGCGGCAACUGUGGCCGAAGCUUUGCCCAGUGGGACCAGCUGGUGGCUCACAAGCGGGUUCAUGUGUCUGAGGCCCACGACGAGGCAGUGGCCAAGGCCCUCGGGCCUCGGCCCAGGGGUCGCCCAGCAGUGGCUGCCCCCAGGCCUGGUGGAGAUGCUGUGGACCGUCCCUUCCAAUGUGCCUGCUGUGGCAAGCGCUUCCGGCAUAAGCCUAACUUGAUUGCUCACCGCCGUGUGCAUACAGGCGAGCGGCCCCACCAGUGCCCGGAGUGCGGAAAGCGCUUCACCAACAAGCCCUACCUGACUUCUCACCGGCGCAUCCACACUGGUGAGAAGCCUUACCCGUGCACAGAGUGUGGGCGCCGCUUUCGGCACAAACCCAACCUGCUGUCACACAGCAAGAUUCACAAGCGAUCUGAGGGGUCUGUACAGGGUACCCCUGGCUCAGGGAGUCCCCAGCUUCCAGCUGGCCCCGUGGAGCCCUCGCUGGAGCCCACCCCAGAGGCCCCACUGAAACCUCAACAGGAGUCUGCUCCAGAGCCUCUGCUGGUAGCCCCUCAAGCACCCCUGCAGGCCCAGCCUAUAGCACCCCCACCGCUCUACAGCUGUCCUGAGUGUGGGAGGAGCUUCCGGCUGGAGCGUUUCCUACGCGCUCACCAGCGGCAGCACAGUGGUGAACGGCCCUUCAACUGUACCGAGUGUGGAAAGAACUUUGGCAAGAAAACCCACUUGGUGGCUCAUAUCCGCAUCCACUCGGGUGAGCGGCCCUUUGCCUGUGAAGAGUGUGGGCGCCGCUUCUCACAGGGCAGCCACCUGGCGGCCCACCGGCGUGACCACGCUCCUGAGCGGCCCUUUGUCUGCCCAGACUGUGGCAAGGCUUUCCGCCACAAGCCCUACCUGGCAGCGCACCGGCGCAUCCACACUGGCGAAAAGCCCUAUGUCUGCCCUGAGUGUGGCAAAGCCUUCAGCCAGAAGUCCAAUCUGGUGUCCCACCGACGCAUUCACACAGGCGAGCGCCCCUAUGCGUGCCCCGACUGUGACCGGAGUUUCAGCCAGAAGUCUAAUCUCAUCACCCACCGCAAGAGCCACAUCCGAGACGGCGCUUUCUGCUGCGCUAUCUGUGGCCAGACCUUUGAUGAUGAGGAUAAACUCCUGGCCCAUCAGAAGAGGCAUGAUGUCUGA